CUUGGAAAACUGUCAAGUGUUACGACGUGGUAGGAGACGUUAGGGAAACAUGGCAGCCAAACAGCUACUGGAGUGCCGUGGGUGCGCGUGAUGAUUCCAUUUGGUUUUAUGUCGUAAACGGUGAUGAGACUUCGGUGUCAUCGUGAAAGAUGAGCGAAAGAAAGUUCACCCGGGGCCUGGGUAAACCGGGCAUGGCUGCACAACUCCGGGAAACCGUAUCUCAGGUGGUUCGUGAAAGCACGGUCCAGAGUAAACCACACCUAGUGGAUCCAAUAGAUUUUGAGAGUUUUGUUUUAAAGAAUAAAACUCUCUUACAAAAUGAUCCACAGAGGGAACUCUUGCUGUAUCCACAGGAUGAUGUUUCGCAAGUGGUCCUGCCCAGACGGUAUCGUACGGUUGUACCUACGGUUCAAAAUGUUUCGGAAAUGACUGAUGGUGGUGAGAGUCUCCUCACAAAGGAGUGUCUACGCAGUUACGCAUCUAAUUGGAAUCUGGUACACUACAAAUAUACAGCCUACAGCGGGACCCACCUUGACCUGCCUAAGAUACCAAAAGCAGAUGAACUGAAGGAUGAGGUUUACGAGAUCGAUACGGAAGUCGAUCAGGUUGAUGAGGAUCUUACAAAGAGCGAUGGAAUAACUAAGCAAGGAUACCUAAUGAAGGGUCCGGAGAUUGGGAGCAGUGACCGGAUGUUUGUCCAUAUUGGUUCAAAAUCCUUUAAAAGACGCUUCUGUUAUCUUCGACAAGAAGUCGAUGGCACUUACAUUCUGGAACUUUUUAAAGAUGAGAAAAAAGGAGAGGCCAAGUUAACAAUAGUAAUGGACUUCUGUACUGAAGUCAUAAGAAAUCCAAAGCGCGGUCGUUACUGCUUUGAAUUACGUAUGAGCGGCACUCACAAAUCGUAUACAUUAGCAGCGGACAAUGAAACAGAUUUGCAGGACUGGUUAUUGAAAUUAAGCUCAGUAUUACAACAUUAUAAGCAGCAAGAAGAAAAGCGAGCGGCGUCUUUGGAAAGAACUUGCAAUACUCCACCGCCAUCGCCACAGCCCAUGCAGGUUUAUGGAACUUUGAAAGGACUGGAACAGAGUAUGAAUCCUCAAUUGAUAAAAUACUCUAGAGAAACGGACACCAGCAUAGCUCUAGCUAGGAGAGAGAAUAGAAAACGUUUGUUUAGCAUGUAUCCUCAAAUACCUCAUGUUAAAACACCUGUAGGAAACUCCAGCGAAUCCAGUGUAGAUCCAUACAAAGAACAAUUUGGUCACAGGAUUUUUGUCAAGUGCGAAAGUCUUAAAUUUAGACUCCAAGCUCCUAUAGAUGAGAAGGAAGCACUUUGUCAAGUCGAGCCGUAUUAUACAAGUCUCUGUUUAUUCGAUGCUAGACACGGGAGAAAGCUUACCGAAAAUUUUCAUUUUGAUAUUAAUCAUGAGGUUGUGCGCAAUAUCGUACAUGAGUUAAGUCCCGUAGGUGUUAUGAGUGAGAAUCAGGAGAGUAUUAAGUUACCUGAUGAAUUAAAGAAUAUAGCGCAAGAAUGGAUUAUGUAUCCCAAACAGGCUAUACUCAGUAUUAGUAAUCCUCAUCCUGACAUAUUUCUUGUUGUGAGGAUAGACAAAAUUUUACAAGGUAGUAUUUGUCAAACUUCGGAGCCUUAUUUAAGAGCUACGAAAGAUCCACGUCUUGGCCUGAAGGUACAUAAGCAAGUUAGAGCGUGUUGUCAAAGACUGGGAAAUUAUAGAAUGCCUUUUGCUUGGGCCGCAAGGCCUUUAUUUCGAUUGUACAGUAACGAGUUAGACACGUCUUCUGAUUUCCCUGCUAUAUACAGACAAGAAGGGAACAAAAUAAGGGAUGAUGAAUUACUUAAGCUUCUCAGCGAGUACAGAAAGCCAGAGAAAUUAAGUAAAUUAACUGUGAUACCCGGAUGGUUGAAAUUGAAAAUUGAUUCAGUGACGGACAUUUUUGAAAACACUUUAACAACAGCCCUGGCACCGCUGAAGCCAUUCCCAAUACCACCUACAUCCGAACCAACCUUAGAAAUAGCAGAAUUCGAGGGUUCAUCCGAGAGAGAGGUUCACCCUUAUACAACCUACGUGAAUCAUCUUUACGUCUAUCCUCAAACGCUGUGCUUCGAUACCCAAAAGAUAUUCACAAGGGCCAGGAACAUUGCCUGUAUCGUAGAGCUUCGCGACGACGAUGACGAGAAUGCUAAGCCAUUGAGGUGCAUAUAUGGAAAACCCGGUGCACCGGUUCUGUGUCUGAGAGCAUCCUGUGCGGUUUUGCACCAUAACGCAGUGCCAUCUUGGUACGAGGAGAUAAAAAUGAGAUUACCGACAAAGCUACACUCUAAGCACCAUCUGUUGUUUUCUUUUUACCACAUAAGUUGUGACAUGAACAAGAAGAAAGAAAAUGGCGUAGAGAAUUGCGUCGGUUACGCAUGGGCACCGCUCCUACACAAAGGCCGGCUAAACGUGGAUGUGGAUACGAACGUUCAAGUGUUGCCUGUGGCAACACACUUGCCAGCAGGAUACCUUGCCAUUCAACCCCUUGGCCUGGGAAAAGGGGUAAGAAACGCCGGACCAGACAUCACCUGGAUAGAUUCCCAGCGACCGAUAUUCACAGUCGGCUUCCAAUUAAUAUCUACUGUGUUCACGCGCGAUCCUCAUCUGCACAAUCUAUUCGCACAUGCUGAGAGGAUCCUGGGGACGAAACCAUCCGCGAUGCCGUCUGAUUCUGAAACCUGCAAGAUCCUCAAGGCUGCUCAUGCUAUACAGCUAGUAACGGCCAUUACAUUCUUGCCAACGAUUUUAAAUCAAUUAUUCACGUUACUUAUAGUCACGAGUAGCGAGGAAGUUGGUCUUUAUAUUAUUCGAGUAUUGAUUCACAUUAUAAAUAUGGUACAUGAGGCCGGACGCAAGGAAAUACUUCAGGCAUAUGCGAAGUUUGUCUUCGUCUCACCGUCGAAAGGAAACGGACAUGCUACAGUACAUGAGCAAUUGGGAAGACAUUUGCCAACUUUACUUCAGCCAAGUAACACAGACUUUUUGGUAGUGAACAAAUUCAUGCAUCAUUCCAGCUUCUUCUUUGAUAUCAUGGUGAAAAGUAUGGCACAGCAUCUACUUACUACCGGCAGAAUAAAGAUGCACAGGAACGAACGAUUCUCUAAGGAGUAUCACAGUAAAAUAGAAAAUCUCUUAGAAGUAAUAACACCAUACCUCAUGAACAAGUACAAAGAAAUGCCAGUGGAGACGCACGAGCUAAACAAGAGUCUUGCUCAUUUUCUAAAGAGAUGCCUAACCUUUAUGGACCGUGGCUUUGUCUUUAGAUUGAUAAAUUCAUACAUGGAUAACUUUUCACCUGGCGAUCAGCGAACUCUUCAUGACUUCAAAUUUACAUUUCUGCAAAUAAUUUGUUCUCACGAGCAUUACGUCUCUUUCAAUCUACCAAUGAUGCAGUCGCGUAUCACUACACGUGAUACAGAGCGAGAGACCGAUUGUGAUGAUCUAAUGAACGAGUAUUGCCUGUCAGAAGAAUUUUGCAAGCAUCAUUUUUUGGUGGGACUGUUACUUCAAGAAGUGAAAAUGUCUUUAAAUGAGAUUGUGCAAAUUCGCAAAGUUGCUGUGGCUACUUUAAGAGAUUUAAUGGCAAAACACGAGCUGGAUGACAGAUAUCAAAAUAAGGGUCAGUUGAGUAGAAUAGCCUCCAUCUACAUACCUUGGCUAGGAAUUGUCUUGGAAAAUCUACAUCGUUUACAAUCAGUCAACGAUGGCGUUAAGGCAGAUUCAAAACAGAAUGCUUCAAAUAGAAUGUCUACCAGCAGUUCCUUCCUGGCAAGUAAAGACACAGCUACUAAUAGUACAGCCAGUGCAGGAACACCAAAAUCACUACACAGAUUUACGCUUCAUUUGGAUACGCAAUCCCCUAUUAGGGCUUCAAUGCACCUUAGAGAUUCUACGUACUUCGCAGCCAUUGCUGGUCAGGGUCUAGUUAAUGGAUACUCGUGUACUAGUAUCGAAUCGGAUACCUCAACGAUGUCUAGUGCUUCUCAGUCAAACAUAUCUCAGGAAACAACUAUUGUACGCGAAGCUCUCGAAAAUGGGAAUGCCGAGCGAAAAACUCAUUCCAGAUCAUUGAGCGUGACACAAACGUCAUCGAGAUGUGACAAGCUUCAACCAUCGGAAGUCAAGGAUCUUUUACUUUGCUUCCUAUUUGUUAUGAAGCAUCUGGGUGACCAUCAGAUCAUUGCGUGGUGGCAACAGUGCAGUGACACUGAACUUCUUAGAUUCUUCACUGUCAUUGAAAUGAGUAUUUAUCACUUCAAAUAUAUUGGUAAGAGACAAAUAGCAGCUAACGCUGCUACUAAUUCUGGGAAGCCUAGAACUGUCAAAGCUAUGACACUACCUGCCAGAAUGGCACCACCAGAUUUCUCGACUGACAGUCCUGCCACUGGCACUUUACAGCCACACAAUACUGCAGCCCGAGAGAACUUAGUGGAUAAUGAUAGUGGAAAAGUUUAUCAGGCUAUUUUAGAUGCUAAUAUGACAACUGAAGUGGGUCUUAUAGCAUUGGAUUGCUUGGGAUUAUUUUGCAUUCACUUUAAGGAUGCACUUCUAGCUGGCGAUGGAGAUAAUCCAGUUAUGCAGAAGGUCUUUGACAUUUAUUUGUCGUUCCUUCAACUUGGACAAUCUGAAACGUUAUUCCGCCAUGUCUUCGCCGGUCUUCGAGCUUUCUUGAACAAUUACUCUAUUGCCUUAUUUCAAGGCAAUGCGGUACUUUGCGGUCGUCUCUGUUACGAGUUACUACGCUGCUGUAACAGUAAGCUGAGUUCUAUCAGGCAAGAAUCGUGCGCUCUGUUGUAUUUGCUUAUGAGAAGUAACUUUGAAUUUACAAGUAGAAAAGGAUUGACGAGAGUGCAUUUGCAAGUGAUAAUAUCAGUCUCCCAAAUGCUGGGGAACGUUAUUGGACUUAAUAAUUCCCGUUUUCAAGAAUCCUUAUCGUUGAUAAAUAGUUACGCAUCUUCUGACAAAGUCAUGAAAGGGACAGGAUUUCCGGUUGAGGUUAAGGAUCUUAACAAGAGAAUCAGAACUGUAUUAAUGGCUACAGCACAAAUGAGAGAGCACAAUAACGAUCCAGAAAUGUUGGUGGACCUGCAGCACAGUUUAGCGAAUUCAUACGCCAGCACACCGGAACUAAGACAUACGUGGUUGGAAACGAUGGCCAGAAAUCAUGCGCGGGAUGGAAACUUCUCUGAAGCGGCUUGCUGUCAGUUACACAUAGCUGCACUUAUGGCGGAAUAUCUAAAGCUAAAAAAAGUUCAUUCCUGGGGUGCUGAAGCAUUUGACAAAAUAUCUGUCAAUAUUUCCAGGGACGAGCGUGGACUGAAGCUCGAUGCUGGUGAGAUUUACUUGGGAUCACAGUUUGCUGGUGUCUUUGAUAUUUUCGUACGCCCCGGCGUACAGGAUAUUCAUUACAAUGAAUGUCUUCUACUGGAACAGUUGGAAACUUGCGCUGAGAUGCUGGAGAAGGCUGAACGUUUCGAACUCCUUGGACAUCUUUAUCGUUUAAUUAUUCCUAUGUAUGAGAAUAAAAGAAAUUAUGAGGCCUUGUCAAAUUGCUAUACGCAUUUAGCGCAGGCUUGUAAUAAGGUCGUGGAGGUCAGCAAAAGUGGAAAGAGACUCCUUGGCAGAUUUUAUCGGGUCGCUUUCUUUGGAAGUGCUUACUUUGAGGAAGAGAAUGGACAGGAGUACGUUUACAAGGAACCGAAAGUAACAUCCUUAUCAGAGAUAUCGGAACGUCUUCAUCGUUUACAUUCAGAAAAAUUCGGUGCGGAAAACGUAAGAAUGAUUAUGGAUUCCGUACCCGUGGAUAUAAGCGAAUUAGAUACCAAGGCAGCAUAUAUCCAAGUGACACACGUCACUCCAUAUUUUGAAAAAUAUGAAUUAGAAGCACGACCAACAGAAUUUGAACAGAAUCACGAUGUAUCCUGCUUUAUGUUUGAGACACCAUUUACAAAGGAAGGAAAAGCCAGGGGUAACCCUGAAGAUCAAUGGAAGAGAAGAACAAUCCUUACGACUGAGUACUCCUUUCCAUAUGUCAAGAAGCGAAUAUCAGUAACAGAAAAAAGAAUAAUGGAAUUGAGCCCCAUCGAAGUGGCUUUGGAUGAGAUGAGACAGCGAGUGCAGGAAUUAGAAGACGUAGCCCUGAUAGCACCAACCGAUGCCAAGAAACUUCAAUUAAGACUUCAAGGAAGCAUAUGCGUAACUGUAAAUGCAGGACCCCUAGCCUACGCAUCAGCAUUUCUGGACCCAGCACUUUCACCACAAUAUCCAGAUGACAAGGUAGAAGAACUAAAGGAUGUCUUCAGAGAAUUCGUAAAGAUUUGUUAUACAGCGCUGCAGAUAAACAGCAAAUUGAUCACGUCGGAUCAGCACGAGUAUCAGGAAGUACUUCGUGAGAAUUAUCAAAAACUUUGUCAAAAUUUAUCAUCCUUGCUUGGAGAACCAGUAUGGCCUGACGAACAAAUAGGAAGUUGGAAGCGCAACAGCGCUGCACUUUUUAGUGCUAUUAGUGGUGCUAAUAAUCAUACUAGUACCGCCUAAGUCAAGACUUACCGGUUAACGGGUAUCUAAAAUAGUAUCGUCCCAGGUAUGAAUAAUCAUACACAAAUAUAUAUACAUAUAUAGAUUUAUAUAUAGUCCCAGUUUAUAUAAAAAGCAAAAAAGGUACAAAUUAUAUUUCUUUUAACCUCGCUUAUUAGUUUCUUGCUAAACCGCGCAGGCGCAUAACAUUGCGAACUGUGCCACUGUAUUAUUUUAUAUUACAGUAUCUAAUGUACCGUGCUUUUCAGCUAUAGCCACCAGCAAUUAGUAUGAAAUUUAUACAUUUUAUAUUAUAUUUAAUAACUAAUAUCAAUUUGCUCUCGCGCUAGGCUGAUAAAUUCUAGUUAGAAUAAUUUUUCACGUUCUCUUCGAUAUUAGAGAAUGAAAGCGAAGUCCCGUACCAACGUGUAAAUCGAUAGUGCUACUUUAACGAGAUAAUAAUAUUAGCCAAAUUGUCUGUGAACUUUGAUAGAGUCGGGAUUGAAGAGUAAAUUGUGAAAUUCUUGUUCGUUUCUGUAUUUCUAUUUUUUUUCUUUUCAUUUUGGAAUUCGUGGAAUACACGAUUGCGGGAAAUGCGUGUGUUAACUGGCUCGUGAUAGCGCAUGUGGAACUAAUAUAAGUUAAUUUAAAGUUCCGAUAAACAAGCGCCAAUUAAACAAUUAUAACGAAUAAAUUGAUGCGAUGCUUUGAUUGGACAGAAGCUGUGUAAUGUAUCGGCGUACGUGCGUACAGGGUGUCCGGAAUGAAAGUGAUAGUGAGGAAACGUCUCGCCGUGUUUAAUCAAUUGAUAAUUCACUGAACGCCCAGGUAUGCCAAGAAGUGAUAAGAGAGUAUUAUAAUAGGAUUGAUAACGUAGAGACACGAACCUAGGUAAUUGGCCGGAAGUAAAGAGAUAACACUGCCGUAAUGUUCAAGUAGGGAAUGAAUAUAGGUAUGCAGGAUUUGGUCCAACGUGUAAAUUUAUUUACGUUCACGAACUUGUAAAUUUUAACGACUGACUAUAGAGUGAUUUUUUGGAUUCUUCUUUCUCUCCUCUUAUCCGAAGACUUUUCUUCUUCUUAUAUGUUGUUCUAGUAUGCUAAGUCGUGCGUGGUUAUUAUACUAUGGAAUGGAAGGGAUGUUAAGAGGGAUUUUGGCGAUUCUAUUAUCUUAAGGAGGUAGGAGCGUUUCACGCUAGUCAAAUCAGUGCUAAAUUUUGAUAAUCGUCUUUGUAAAAUUUUAUGCAUUAUGUAACAAUCGUUGAAUCAAUCGUUGAUUGAAUUGUAAAAUAUUCAGAUUGAUUCUAAAAUAAUCUAUAAUUCUUUACCGUUUUAAAAAUACAAGACCGCUUAUUCUGUUUCUCGAAAGAUGCUCUACAAAUUGAUCGUCUAAGUAUUGAAUAGUGCUGAUAGGAAAGAAUUCGUAAAGGAUUAUUUAAGAAAAGGUUAAAAUCGAUAAAAAAAUUACGGAUUAUUCUUCGAAAAGAAUUGAAAAAAAAGUACCUCUUCGAAAAUCGAUAUUAAUCAGGUAAUGUUAUUGUAAAUUCAUCGCUACGAAUGUGUCUAUGGGUUAUGGGCACAUGUUAUAAUACAGUAACCCUUCACUGCAAUCAAUUAAUCCAUAAAACUUUGUAAAAACGAUAAAAAGUAUUUAGCACUAAUUUGACUAGAUUAAGACGCUCCAACCUUCUUAAUAUUAAUCGCAAUAACAAUAAGGAAGCAAAAUGAUAUUUUACAGAAAAUUUAUAAUCCUACUUAGUAUAUUUAGAUAGGUGAACGCGUGUGGUGGGGCAUUUAUGUAUGGACAAAUUGUAUAUGAAUUUAUUAUAAGUUUUUUUUUUGUAUAUUUCAGCACCUUUAUGUAAUAGAUUUAAUCACACAGAAUGUACGCAUGCGCGUAUAGUGUAAAGAGAAGGGUAGUGGGCGAUUGGAAUCGUCCUCGCAUUAUUACAAUUAAUUGAUAUUUAUUAUAUUCUCUUAGUUAAGGUGAUACGACUUGUCUAUUAAAUAAUUAUUAUACGUCAUUAAACUUUAGGUAAUGUUUUGACGUAUUUCUUCAUUCGCUCCAAUUAAUGUUCUAAAUUCUGAGCUUUUCUCUCUCUAUAAAUGAUUCGUUAUAAACAAAGUUUGUGAUAUGUCUUCUAGAGCGUAAAUAUAAAAAUUAAUAUCACGCGCUCCCUUCUCUGGUCAUUGUGACACCAAGCUUUUAUUUGCGCUUCUUUUUUUCUUUUAUAUUGUUCAGCGAUAUCAUGUAAAUAUACAGUGUCGGGUGCAGAAUGUUUUUAUAGAUAGUUUAGCAUAAUGUAAAUUCGGGAUGAAUUUUAUUUUCUUCAAAUUCCAAUUCAGAGCUCUCGUCCACCAGUGUGAAGCCCGCGCGGAUAUAAUUGAAUUUAAUAUAACGUUGUUAAUUUGAGACAUUUACUCGAGUGUUAAUUAAUUGUGUAUUACGAACGACUUUAUAUGUAUAAAAAAAAACAAUGCGUUGACGCGAAACGGCGCUUUCACGACGUUGACGUAGAAUAUAUUUUUUUCUUUACUUUCGCUUGAAAUAUCCAAUGUUUACAUUAUGUUGAUUAUACAAUUUUAUUUUUUCACUUUAAUCCGAUCCAAAGAUAUCGGCCAGAUUUAAGAGUCUUCAAUAUCGAAGAUUUGAAUGAUGACUUUAUUUGUUUAUAUUGGUAUUAUUAUUAUCAUCAUCUUUGAGGCGCAAACUGUUCGAUCGUAGAGUGAGGUGUUUUGAUAGAAAUGAAAUAGAAAGUGGAAUUUUUAAUUAGAGUGGAAUAUGAGUAGAAACUAUAUAUAUACAGUGAAAAUGUAUAUGCGUAAACGCAUAUGAUACAUUAAUCCAAUAAAUACGAAGUCUCAUUCUAACGUUACACCGAUAAGGCUGACUUAAAACAUAUACACGAUGAUGCUUAUUUACGAGCAGAAGAAUUUAUGACUGUGUACAAUGUAAUUCGUUUGCCGGACGUGUCUCCGUAGAUAAUAGAUUGAUAAUAUUUACUGGCAACAUACAAACAAUCAAUCCUCAUGGGUUUGACGUUACACGUGUUAAUCGUAAGAAAAUGAUAAAAUCUCCAAUAUACUUAUUGUAUCUUCAAACUAACUAUUAGGGAAAUGAAAACAAUUGAAAUACAAUAGACUGUCAAUUAUAAAUUCAUCAAUUAAAGUCAGACUUGUGAAACAUAAUUCGUUCUAAGAACAAAUAACCUGCCCGUUGUGAUUAGAAAAUGAGGGAAAAAAAGUAUUUUCAGUACAUUACAUUAGCUACAAAUUUGCAUUGAAAUUGCAUCAAGGUAUACCGGUGACUUUUUGAUGUUGAAUUUAUCGAUUUCUCGUUAACUCCCAUGAAAAACCAUAUUGGAUGUUGUAUUUGUCCUCUGGUACAGAUUACCCGUAGAUUUAUUACCAGUGAAGUAUCAUCGAGACCAAAUAAAAUCCGACCAAAAUUCUAUUAUUAUCUUUCUACACUUUGAGAACGCACAAAUAAAUUUUAAGGGAUAUUGUACGUCAGUCCGAGGAAAUAAUUCUGAAACUUGCUGUUAUUACGUUCGUAGAAUAACGAGUAGUGCGAUUGUAUUAUGGUGAUGAUUAACGUUAAGUGUAGAAGGAAAUUCAGUCGUCCAGUUAUAUAGAUCCUCUGUAAUAAUAUUUAUUGGCAAUUAUUAAUUAGGGCGACACCGUAACUGCACGUUACUUAAAGCUAUAUACGGUAUAUAUAGGCUUGAGGAACGUGUACGCAUUCUUGUGUUUAAUUGUUUUAUGACGUGUACGUGACGACUUUGAAAUUUCUACAUUUAUUACAAUCGCUGCUUUUUUACUACCUGGUAUAAAAUCUUUGUUCGUUUGUAAAGGCGUCCAACUCGAUGUAAUUAUGUUUGCCCAAUUAAUCGGUAUAGUACUCUGUAUUUAGUAUUAUAUUAUUAUUGAAAGUAAUUGUAUUUAUUAAUGUACCGUCUCAAAAUAAAACUCAGUAUCACGAAA